AUGCCCGAUAACACCUGGUUUACCCCUUACAAAUUCCCACCGUCGACAUGCCUGAGUAUUGGGCCGUCGCAGAGCAUAGUCUAUGAGAUAUCGGAUGAGGCUGUAGUGAAGCUUCCUUUUCAAUAUCCAGUUGCCAGGUCGCCUCCUACGGACGAUACAAUCGAGCAGAUGCACAUGUCUCUCCAAAGUCUGGCCCUGUUUAAGAAGGAAAGCACUUUUUAUGAUAUUCUCGCUAAAAAUCAACACCCGAACCUUGCACAAAGAUUGCAGACUAAACUUCCCAUUGUGACCUAG